GCGAGGCGCCGAAGCUGGUCACCGACAGCUCGGGGCAGACUCGCGGAGUCGAUCCUGAGCCUGGCCGCCAGCGGGCGUUGCGUGCCAGGAAGCGCGAGUGGUUCGACAACAGCCGCAGUCGCGCCCUCGAGUUGCUGCUGUUGGACGGCGACGAGCUCUUCGAGAAGGCCAAGCCGCUCCUGGACAGGCGGCAGGAACUCCAGGCGCGACAGGACGCCGGAGAGGCCGACGACCGCGAACAGCGGGAGCUCAGCCGCCUGCUCGAGGAGCUGGAGGUGAUCUCCUGCGCGCUUGCUGAACUAGAGGACAGCAGGGCCUGGCGCGAGCAGCGUCUCCAGGACACCGACGGGGCGCCGCCGGGCCACUCGCAGCGCGGCGCUGCGAGCUCAGCGGCUGCUCCAAGCCGCCACAGGCCGUCCGUCGCGCCCCAGCGGCAGCGCGAGGCCGCGACCGUCGGCAGCGCCGGAGCGCACAGCGUGGCGCCGCUCUCGCUCGAGGAGCAGGCCAUCGUGCAGGUGGCAGGACGCGGCGCCAUGGCGACUGUAGAAGAUCAGGUGCGGGAACAGCUGCGUCAGCAAGACCAGCAGAUCCCUGAGCUCGCUGCCACUGUUCAACAGCUGAGGGCGGUGCCGGCGCCGCAGCCAGCGCAGCCAGCGCAGCCUCUCGUGCAGUUUCAGCCUGCUGUAGACACGCGCCUCAUCGGCAAACCAGAGCUGUUAUACGGGCAGCGUGCAAAAUGGAGCGACUGGGCUUUUAUCUUUCGAGCUUACUUAGCAGCGAUAGAUACAAAGUACCCGGCGUUGUUGGACGAAGCGGAGGCUUCGGAGGUGGCAAUCAGGAACGUAGACCUUGACCAGCCGUGGAAGGCGUCACUAAGUUCGCAGCUUUACUACUUGAUGGUAAUGCUGUUCCGGUCAGCAGCCCAGGACAAAAUGUCCACCGUGUCCUCCGGAGAGGGACUGGAGGCAUGGAGACAGUCGGUCCUCGACUGGGACCCCAAGAUCCGCACGAGGCGGGUCGGGUUGCUGAUCAAGAUACCCACCGCGAAGUUCAGCGGGGACAUCCCGCAGAGCUUAGAUCAGUUUGAACAUCUGAUCCGCGAGCACGAGCAGCAGUCGAAAAAGGUCUUCGACGAAGAUCUUAAGAUUGGCCUGGUGGUGGUCAACAUGCAGGACACCGACGUCCAACAACACCUUGUGAAGAACGCAAGCAGGUUGGAAACUUGGAAGGCCAUGGAGGAGGAGCUGCUCGACAUGGCCAAGGCAAAGGCGGAAGCCAACAAGGAGAAGGAGUGCUUCUACUGCCACAAGAAGGGGCACAUCGCCGCGGAGUGCAGGAAGAAGGCGAGGGACAACCAGGCUAGCGACUCCGGCGAAAUGUUGGCCCCCAUGCCUCAGAGAGUCAUGGUCGACACAGGUGCUGGCAGGUCCGUGUGUCCGGCUGGUUUUGACCCCCGGGCAGAGCCGGACAGCUCUGUCAAACCAACCACGCUGACGACGGCGACGGGGGAAGAAGUGAACCUUUCGGACGGAAAGAGGUCUCACUUCCAGGCAGACGACGGCAGUGGCGUUGUCUUGCGGUACAGUGACAGCGACAAGGUCACGGUUCCUGUCGUCUCGGCGUCAGAGUCGACCGAGCAAGGCAACUGGCUGGUAUUUGGCCCUGGGGUGCAGCGUAUCAUAGGGCCAGACCACGCCGAGCACCUCAAGGAAACCGUGCGCCAAUCGAGCGGAUUGGACAUGGUAAAGGAUAGGGGGGUGUACUGGCUGGAAGUGUGGGGGGCGACAGGGCAGGAAGAGGCGAGGCCGCUCUGCCCAGCGAAGGCAGCAAGGAAAACGUCCACCCGGCUGGACAAUAACCAGCGGCACCUGACGCCAUGCAACCAGCAGCGGAAGUGGUCGUGGUGUGAAAGCUGCGUCACAGGCAAGGCCGCCGAAGACCCCCACCGGCAGCUCCAGCAGGUUCCCGACGGAGCAACGCCGAAAGUGUGCAUGGAUUACCUUUUCCUCACGCAAAAGGCGGUGGAGAAGGAGAUGUACGGUGUGUUGAACGUGCUGGACGCGAAGUCCGGCGCCCCGUUUUCAGGCAUGGUCAACCAAAAGGGGGACGACGACUAUGCAUUGGCAAUCGCCCACGAAGGAGUGCGCUUCGCAGGCAGGACAAACUUGAUUGCAUGUUGUGACGGCGAGAGCGCUAUCAACAAGCUGUGCGACAAGUUUCUGGAAACCCGGCCUUCCGGACAUACUGUCACGAAGGUGAACACACCGAAGGGCAGUAGUCAGAGCGCAGGGCUGAUUGAGCGCAGCAAUUACGAGGUUGAGAAGGAGUACAGGGCCGUGAAGCACAGGCUGGAGUCCGUCUACAAGCAGGCGUUCCCACUCAGCCACAAGGCAGACGGCAAGACGCCGUACGAGCGCCUGCGUGGCAAGCCAUACAACGGCGAGAUUGUCGAGUUCGGGGAGUGCGUCUACCACAAGAGUCCUCUUAGCGAAGUGGGCAAAGCGGACGACCGCUGGCACCUUGGUGUCUGGCUCGGGAAAUCCAUGCGAUCAGACGAGCACCUGAUUGGCACUGCCAAUGGAGUGCUGUUGUGCAGGCCGAUAUGGAGGAGGCCAGAGAAGGACAGGUGGGACGCGCAGCUGCUUGACCGAUUCGUCGGCUCUCCUUGGGCCCUGGUGCCCCCAGGAGUCAAGGAGGUCAAGCCCCGUGAGGUGUACAUCACCCUCGACAAGAUCAUCCGCCUCGGCAAAACACCCGGUUGCCCUGGCUGUCGUGCGCCAGGAGAGGCGAGGCACACAGCUGAGUGCCGCGAGAGGUUCGGCAAGCUCGUAGGAUGCCCUGUACAGAUGGAGUGGGACAAAGAUUUCUUCUCCACGAAAGCAGGCAUUAAACUGGACCCCCAGAAAGUGCUAGAGGGUAAGAUCCGCGAGAUGACCCAAAUAGAAGCCUACAAGGUGAAGGAGGACAUCCCAUGGUCCACAGCCAGAAAAAGAAAACUGACAGUUGUCAACUCGAAGUGGCUGCUUGAACCCAAACCGACAGCUGAAAACCCGGAGGCGGUACGGGCCAGGCUGGUAGCAACAGAGGUCAACACGUAUGCGCGCGAGGACGUGACACAAAGCACACCUCCGGUGAAAGUCUUCCGGAUCAUUGUGUCGUUGGCCGUGUCCAAGCAGAGGGCGGACGGGUCAUGGUCUAGGCUCGUGGUUGGGUACGAUGUCUCGGUUGCUUUCUUCCACGCAGACAGCGACGGCACGACGGCAGUCAUCCCACCACCAGACGUCCGCAGAGAAGAAGGCGAGAGCGAUUCGUUAGACCAGGUAGACAACAUCAUGCGCAAGCACUUCGAAGUGAAGAUCUUGCCUCGAAUCGGCCUCCCGGAGUUCGGCGGACAGGCGGCGACCGGAAGCCACCUGAAGAGGACGAUCCGCUGGACCACGUCCGGUUUUGAGUGGGAGUGCGACCCGCAGCACAUCCUUGAUCUCGUCGAGCUCCACGGCCUCACACCGGGAGUGUCCAAGGGUAUGAGCACGCCAGCGUCCAAAGACACCGGGAAGGGCGACAGAGACGUCCACGAUCCCCUUGGGAGGGGCGACGCGGUGCUCUUCAGGACAGGAGCGGGGACGCUACAGUACCUCGCAGAGGACACGCCCACGGUCAAGUUUGCAGCCUCUGGGAUCAUGGAGGGGAUGACGGCGCCUCUCCAGAUUCACCAGAUGAGGCUGGCACGCUGCAGCCGGUACCUGUUGGACCACCCAGGAGAAGUGUGGCUCUUCGACUACCAGAAGAUGCCCUUAUCUCUUACGGAGUACUGCGACUCAGACUGGGCAGCAGACCGAGAGACGAGGAAGAGCGUGAGUUGUGUGGUCGAGAGCUUCGGGAAACAUUUGAUCGAUGUAAGCGCAUCGAAACAGUCUCUCCUGGCCCUUUCGAGCGGGGAGGCAGAGUUCUAUGCCAUCAUCAAAGGAGCAACACAGGGCGUGCAGACAAGCCAGGUGAUUGAAUCUUUCGUUGGCCGCGAGUGCAAGCUAGAUUUGCUGAGCGACUCGUCAGCAGCGCAGGGAAUCUGCAACCGGCACGGGAGUGGUAAGGUGAGGCACCUGUCCGCGAAAGACCUCUGGGUGCAGUCAUUCUUCCGUGACAACCGCGGCAACCUGAAGAAAGUUGGCACGGAUGUUAACUGGGCAGACCUUGGUACGAAGGCGCAUGCACAGGCUCGGCUACAGCAGCUAGUGGACAUGAUGCCACUGAGGAGGAACGAGCCCUUGAGGAGCGAAAGGAGGAAGGGCUUGAGCUCAGGCAGGGUUGCGUCGUUUCUGGCGAUGCUGAACCCGUGCAGGUAGCGGGCCCUGAGUCCGCAAGCAACACCAAGCAGUGGACCCUGAGUCCGCGACCAACAGCGGGGCUUGACUCCGCACGCGAGGACGCUGCGCACGCCUAGCCGGCAGCGCGGCGACCGGGAAGGCAGCAGAAGCCUGCCACAAUCCCAC